AGGUUCCUGGUUGGUAUUAUUUGGGAUAUGAGUGGAAGAGGGUCAUAGUCCUCACUGAGUUAGACUUGCCUGCUCCCUUGCACCCUGUCUCUCCUGUUCUCCAGCAUGGUCUGUCUGUGGUUCCCUGGAGGCUCCUGGAUAGCAGCUCUGACAGUGAUAUUGAUGGUGCUGAGCCCUCCCCUCGCUUGGACCAGGAAAACCCAACCACUUUUCCUGGAGACGGUUAAACACGAGUGCCAUUUCUCCAACGGGACGGAGCGGGUGCGGUUCCUGGACAGAUACUUCUAUAACCGGCAGGAGUACGUGCGCUUCGACAGCGACGUGGGGGAGUACCGGGCGGUGACGGAGCUGGGGCGGCCGGACGCCGAGUACUGGAACGGGCAGAAGGACAUCCUGGAGGAGACGCGGGCCGCGGUGGACACGUACUGCAGACACAACUACGGGGCUAUUGAUAGCUUCGCGGUGCAGCGGCGAGUUGAGCCUACAGUGACUGUGUAUCCUGCAAAGACCCAGCCCCUGCAGCACCACAACCUCCUGGUCUGCUCUGUGAAUGGUUUCUAUCCAGGCCAGGUUGAAGUCAGAUGGUUCCGGAAUGGCCAGGGAGAGGAGGCUGGGGUUGUCUCCACAGGCCUGAUCCGUAAUGGAGAGUGGACUUUCCAGACCCUGGUGAUGCUUGAAACAGUCCCUCAGAGUGGAGAGGUCUACACCUGCCAAGUGGAGCAUCCAAGUCUGACAAGCCCUCUCACAGUGGAAUGGAGGGCACAGUCUGAAUCUGCACAGAGCAAGAUGCUGAGUGGGAUCGGGGGCUUUGUUCUGGGUCUGCUCUUCCUUGGGGCGGGGCUGUUCAUCCACUUUAGGAAUCAGAAAGGUAAGGACCUUGCUGGCAGCUGAGACCUCAACAGACUU